CGUCCGUCGACACUUUUCCUACAUUCGUUUCGUCUUUGCUCUUCCCAAGUCCGAUCCUCGCCGGUGCCACUACAAUCCUUCUUUCCCGGUGAAGAAUUUUACUAUUUCGAUUGCAUCGUUCGGUUAGAACAUCAACCUUCACGAUUCAUUCGGAGAAAGUUUCAGACUUUGAAGGAGGAAGGCCAUGAAAGUCAAGAUUUUGCAUGGCAUGCAGUUGCUUCAUGGACAUGGGAUGCACAAGACGAAACAUGUGGGAUAUGUCGGAUGGCUUUUGAUGGUUGUUGUCCUGAUUGCAAACUUCCUGGAGAUGAUUGCCCUCUAAUUUGGGGAGCUUGCAACCACGCAUUUCAUCUUCACUGUAUAUUGAAAUGGGUGAAUUCGCAGACGAGUCAAGCUCAUUGCCCAAUGUGCCGAAGAGAAUGGCAGUUCAAAGAGUAAGCAAAUUGUAAGGAGCAUUAUAGUCUUGAGCUCUCAUCAUGGUGGAUGCUUUGGAAUGAUCUCUUGAAGUUGUAUUUGGACCAUUAGCUUUUGAGCUUUAAUCAUUGCUCAAAGGCAAGAGAGAUUUGGGAUUAUUUUUGGAGCUUGGGGUUAGUUUGAUUGAUUGGAACAUUCAGAGAUGAAGCAACUUGGUGUAAGCUUCAUCAUUUAUGAUGUUUGUUUGUGUAGUUAGUUAUUUUGUGUCAUAUCGCAUUUGAAUUUGUUAAUA